AUGUAUCUCAUCAACGUUUCGACGUUAAGGCUGGAAGAGUUCUAUAGCAAUGUCCCCGAAUAUGCAAUCUUAUCGCAUACAUGGGGUCAAGCUAAUGAGGAGGUCCUCUUUCAAGAGAUGCUCACCAACUCAUCCGACGUGAAGCUUAAGAAGGGUUAUAAGAAGAUCGAAUUAUGCGCCAAGCAAGCUCAGAAAGAUGGGCUCGGCUACUGCUGGGUCGAUACCUGUUGCAUUGACAAGUCUAGCAGCGCAGAACUCUCAGAAGCCAUCAACUCCAUGUUCUCUUGGUAUCGAAACUCGGCUGUCUGCUAUAUAUACCUUGAAGACGUGGUCCACAAGGAACACUCGGCUCGAGUUGGCGAGUCUCUUGCAGAAGCCCGGUGGUUUACACGGGGUUGGACACUACAAGAACUCUUGGCUCCUCGAGCUCGCCAGUUCUUCGAUGCAAACUGGACCAUGAUCGGAGAGAUAUCGAAGAAUCGCUACAGAGAACACCUCGUCAAUGGCUUCUUUCGUAUGGAUACAACUGCCGAUGAAGAAGGAGAUCCUCAAGAGCUUGAGGGCACGAGUCUAGCGAGCCAAGUAGCCCAGAUCACUGGUAUUCCCAGGAAGGUCCUUUAUGUCGGCGAUCUUGGAUCCUUCUCAGCUGCUACGAGAAUGUCAUGGGCAGCAAGGCGACGAACAACUCGUAUGGAAGAUCAGGCAUACUGCUUACUGGGAAUCUUCGACGUUCAUAUGCCCCUGCUGUACGGUGAAGGUAAGCAUGCUUUCAUACGACUACAAGAGGAGAUCAUCAGGAAACAGCCAGACCAUACACUGUUCGCAUGGCGCUCAGAGCCAACUUCGCCAGCGCCAACAUUCAGUGGUCUUCUUGCUCCUUCGCCAUGGAACUUUGACAGCGAUCACUGCCGUGGCUUGCACUUGCAGGUUCGCUUGGUGGAGUAUGAUGCAGGAUCUGAUGAAUUCUACGCCAUCCUGGAUAUCACUCAUCAGUCAAAUCCGAGGAAAGAUAUAUGGUAUGGCAUCAGACUUGGACGGUUGGAUAGCUGUGGCCAAUACGCUCGAAUCAACACGGGAGAACAACUAGUUCGCGAGGUCGAAACGACACUCAGGAAGGAUGAUAUAGAAGGUAUCAAAUCUCAUCUUGCCAUUCUUAAGGAGAAGAAUGAUUUAUAUCGACCCAAUACUCUUUGGGAGAAUGGUAUUCGAUCAGGGAUAGUCAAGAUAUAUCCCCAGUCGACCUAUCAUAUUCGUGAUGGUGAAAUGGUGGCUAUGAUAGCUCUUCAUGAUCAGAUAAUCCUCAAAAACUAA